CCGCCUGCCACCUGCCACCGCGACGCCAGUCACCCGCCUCUCGCCGUCGCCACCGCCACCGCCACAGUUGCCCAUGGCUUUCUCCGGCGUCGCCUACCUGCUGCUCGCCUCUUCAGCAGCGUUCUUCAGCUACGGCCUAGCCGCACCGACGACAGUGGCGGCGCCGCCGCCUGAGGCUGAGGAGGCGGUCGUGGCGGCCGUGUCUCUGGACGCUGAGGCGCCGGCAGCGGCCAACCGCAGCCAGUCCGCCGUCUGCACCGUGGCCGGCGUCGAGUACGAGCACGGGCAGCAGGUGGCUCGCGCCGACCCCUGCGAGCUGUGCCUGUGCCUGGCGGGAGACCUGUUCUGCUGGUGGCAGGACUGCCCCACGGCGUCGCCAGCCUGCAGGCAGAGCCCCGCCUUCGCUGCCGCCUGCGCAGCUGUAGCUGAGAACAGCUCGAUGGCGCUACUGGGCGGCUCACCGGGACCGGACGUGGUGACGGAGGCGGCCGCCUGGCCCACCACGGCCGCAGCGGACGUCGGCGACGACACCGCGGACGUCGACGCCGCGGCGUCCAGCAGCGACAGCACGCCGCCCGCCGGCGUCGACGGGGACAACUCCAGCGACACCGCCGCGCCGCCCCCGCCUGCGCCCGCCUCCACCGCCCCCACGGCUUGCCACGUCAUGGGAACUGAAUACAAGAUAGGUGAAGUGCUGCCACGAGAUACAGGAACAUGUCUGGAAUGUGUGUGUGAUUCUGAAGCAAGGGUCACCUGUUCUCCCAAAAACUGUGCAAGCCAUGACGAUUUUCAUGCCGCCAACAGUCUUGACAUGUUUGAUGUUGAUACAUUCUAGGACUAAUAUUUGCCUAAUAUUCUUUCAGAUAGCCAACAUAUGUAGUGCUACAAGUGUGUAUGUUGUAUCUGAACUGCCUUUCUGUAAAUCUUUCAACAGAGUUUAAUAAGUGUGUAUGUGGUACAAUAUUGUUCCAGUCACAUUAUGUGAGUUUAAAAUGGCACUAAUAUUCAAUCUGUUCUCCUAGAACAUCACUCAGUGUACAAUGGAUAUAGCACUGAGACAUGUUCAACUGCCUUAUGACAUCAUUGUAUGUAAUAUAUAUAAUUAAUGAAUGGUACAUACAAAUCAGGCACAAUUAUUCAUUCUUUAGCUACUUCUCGAAAGUCAGAAUGAUUAUAAGUAUAAUUUUCUUCAGAACAAAGGUCUCAUCAUUAACCAGAAAAGUCAUUUACAGCUCAUUCCAUCAAGCAACCUUUCGCAACAGUAAGGACUCAGACAAUGUACACAUAAUGCAAAAAUUCUCCAAAAUAUGCUAUUAUAACAAUGGCACAUUUAAGUUGCUUUCAGUAAAUAGAUUGUGAAUAAAAUCUCUUAAAGCAUCAGUUUUGACAAUGUAUUUUAUGUGUACAGACUCUCAGUAACUUUAAAGAGACAGGUAAAGUCAGUCAGUAAUGAAACUAUUGGGCUACUGCAUAACCUGCAAGCUGUUAACUGACCAACAUCAGACAGUCUCUACUUCUUAUUUUCAUAGUGCUCUUUCUAUGUUGUCAAAUCUCUGAAAUGUCUGACAAUACAAUGCUAUAGACAAUCUGACGUUUGGCAUUUAGCAAUGGUCACAGAAAAGACUUAUUUCAACAUCAUAAAUGAUCAUCACAAUUUCAAAUGAUUUUUCAAGUAUGUACACAUUCUGUAAAGUAACAUUUCUUACAACUAAAUAAAAUUCUCAUUUUAAGAACUUUUUAUUGGAUAACACCAACAUGAAACUAAACACCGGUGAUGCAGAAAAAGUGGAAAUGUAGCAUAUGACUGGUUACAACAAAAACUCCAAUAUUUACAACUGUUAUUUGCAGUACUGCUGGUUAUGUUUGGAUUUCAAAAUGUUCAUUGAAAAUGCUUAUUCAUAAUCAGUCAUACAACUAUAGACUUAAUUUUGUCACUGUCAUUUGAUAAUCAAACUUUUGAAAGCAACUGUAUCAUUUGUCUAUGACAUUAAAACCAACUGAUAGGCACAUCAUUUU